AUGGGGUUUGGACGCGCGGUCGUCUCGGCAGCGCUGGUGAACGGCGCGGCCUCCCUCGUGACGCGCAGCGAUGAGAUCCCGGGCACAGCCAGGAUUACGCAGUGGAGCGAGACGAGGCUGGGCCCGCCCAUGUCCGUGGCGGAUGCGUGCUCUGUCGCUUGGAACUUCUCCACUCAGUCGGAGUGGAAGGAGCCGGACCCCAUCACGUUCCCCGAGGCGGGUCUGGGCGCUCGCCGUCUCAUGACCUCCAUCGGUGGCAUGGCGUACCAGCUGUACCUCCCCCCUACGUGGAACAACAACUCGCUGUAUCCGUACCCAGUGCACCUCGACCUGCACAGCCACGGGGAGCGCAAGUGGACCCUGAAGAACUCGCAGGGGUUCGCCAGAAUGCUGGCCAGGAACCAGAGCCAAUCCUUCGACAACCGCUCCUGCUGGUGCCUCGACGGGUCGUAUUCUACGGCGUACACCGAGACAGCCUCCUCGCCGUACUACUCGGCAGGUGCGACAGAGGAUACGGGGUGCCCCAUGGCCGACUGCACGUUUGCCGACACGUUCCCUGGCGUAGUCGUCAUGCCCCAGUGUUGGACGGGAAGCGCGACCCCAGGAUGGACCGCCGAUUGUCUGCUCAAGGCCAAGGACAUCACGAAGUACGUCAUCGAGUACUUCAACGGCGACGCGGAGAAGGUCAUCGUGAGUGGCACCUCUGAGGGUGGCGUUGGCGCACUGUCGUUUGCGACCACCUACCCGGAGCUUGUCUCCGCCGUGAUCGUCACCGACGCGCCGACUGCGACGUACACGACUGGCCUGGACGGGAUGCCCGUUUACGUCACCGGCGACGCGUCGCAUUCUGGCAUCGCUGGUAUCGACGCCCUAGUGGUCGCCUUGAACGGACGCGCGUCCGGGGUGACCAAGUACACGCGGUUCGUGUCGGCGCCGGCGGCCGCCGACCCAGGGUUCCUCUCCACCGACGGGCACAGCGGAGACAUCGCCUACCGCUGCUCCAACACCUGGGGCUGGGCCUACCAGUACAAGAGCACUGGCGGCCGCACCGCGUGGGGCCUGGGCGAGUACCCCUUCAUCGUCAUGUCGUGA